AUGAGCAAGGCCUUGUCACCACGUUAUCAAGGGCUGUCAACUUAUGAAAAGGAGUUCUUGGCAGUCAUUGUGGCAGUGGAUCAGUGGAGACUGUACCUACAACAUGCAGAGUUUGUGAUAUAUACAGACCAGAAGAGUCUAGUUCAUCUAGAGCAGCAAAGACUUACUACCCCUUGGCAACAAAAAGCUUUCACUAAACUCUUGGGCCUUUAG